GGCGGCGGCACCGGCGGCCAUGAGCAGCGGCACCGGCACCGGCACCGCGGCGGCGGGCGGGCCCGAGCCCGGGUCAGAGCAGAGCGUCCGCAUCGUGGUGGAGUACUGCGAGCCCUGUGGCUUUGAGCCCACAUACCAGGAGCUGGCCAGCGCUGUGAAGGAGGAGUACCCUGACAUAGAGAUCGAGUCCAGGCUGGGGGGCACAGGUGCCUUUGAGAUCGAGAUCAAUGGGCAGCUGGUCUUCUCCAAGCUGGAGAAUGGAGGCUUUCCCUAUGAGAAGGAUCUGAUUGAGGCGAUUCGCAGGGCGAGGAAUGGGGAGCCACUGGAGAAAAUCACCAACAGCCGCCCCCCCUGUGCCAUCCUGUAGCCCCCCCGGCCUCCCUCGCCCCCACCUGCCCUCCCAGGAGCAGCGGGGGGCUGUGGAACACCCCUCAGGGAACGUCACUGGGCUGGGCAGAGCGGUGACACUGGAGGGGGGCAGCUCCCUGCCUGCUGUGCCUCCCCUCACCCCCCAACAGCACACUGGGGCUCUCCCCUCCCUCAGUGCUGGGAAUUUCGGGGUGUCCUUCCCCCCACCUCCCCGCUUCCUCCAUGAGCCCUCAGGGGAGCCACACUGGGGCUGCUGCAGCUCCAGCCCUCCCCAGGUUAACACAGAGGGGGGAAAAGAUCCCUCCUGCUGGGAACAACGUGAUUUGUUAAUGAUUAAAGUCCCUCCCGGCCCUGUCGGAACCGGUGUGAGGGCGGCAGGGACUGGCUGGGGGACCCCCUCAGCUCCAGCCCCGUGGCCCAGAGGUGGAUUUGCUGGCCAUCAGCAUCCCCCUCGCUCCCCCUUCUCCUCUCCCUCCCCGCCUGCCAUGACUCUGCCCUCCCCAGGGGUGGCUGAGCCCAGCGGAAGGGCUCCUAUUUAUUGUGUACUGCGCAUAAAGCCCCUGGCCCCAGGCUGAAUAAAAAGGAGGGAGGAAAAUGUGG